AUGGCCAUAUCAGAUCUUCUCAAUCGCCGGGUGCGGGCGCUCCCCGAGGAAGACGAAGGGGUUUACUCGGAUGGUUCCGGUUCCGAGGAGGCUAGUGACCUUGCGCCAUCGGACCACUCGGACUCCGAUAAUGCCAGCGACGGUUCUCUCGAUGAGGACGAUGUCGACAAUGAUGAUCUGGAUGACGGUUCAGACGAUAGCGAGAGCGACGAUGAUGCACCCGAGGAUGACGUCCAGGCCUCUAUUGGUAACAUUUCAUUUGGCGCGCUAGCCAAAGCGCAAGCGUCGCUAGGUCCGAAAGCGAGACGUGCCGCAAAGGCCGCCCGGAGUACAGAUGAAGCCAACGCAGCUCCGUCGCCCCUCGACGAUAUUCGAGCUCGAAUCCGCGAAGCCCGGGAGCAGAAACGGCAAGCGUUACCGAAGUCGAAAGAUUCGGAGAAGCCUUCUCGCUCUUCCAAGCACGCGCCUAUGGUGCAGUCUUCCAAGUACGCCGUUUCUCGCAAGCGCACGGUCGUCGAGCCCCCGAGCAUACCCAAAUCCCGAGAUCCACGCUUUGACCCGACGGUGACCAGCCAGGGUGGUCGGGGCAAUACUCAGGGUGUCAAGGACGCCUAUGCCUUCCUCGACGAAUACCGUGCAGAUGAGCUCAAGGAGCUGAAGGCACAGUACGCCAAGAUGAAGAAUCCUGCACAGAAGGAAGCCUUGAAGCGAGAGAUUCGAUCAACCCAGGAUCGACUCCGCGCAAUGGAGAACAGAAAGCGAGAGAGGGAUAUCUUGGCCGACCACAAGAAGAAGGAGAAGCAGCUCAUCCGCGAAGGAAAGAAGAGCACCCCGUACUAUAUGAAGAAGUCGGAGCUCAAGAAGCAGGUCCUGCUUCAGAAGUACGAGAAUAUGAACUCCAAAGACCGCACAAAGGCACUUGAACGGAGACGGAAGAAGACCGCAGCGAAAGAAAGGAAAGAAAUGCCUAUGGAGCGUCGAGCUCUGGCCGACGACGAUGCACCCAGAGACCACGGAGGGGGUUUCAAGCGUCGCCGGCUUGCUUAA